AGCAAGUUACUUUUUCUCCCAUUCAAGUUUCUUAAUUACAGCAAUACCAGAGGGCCUGAGAGCUCUACAAGUUGUAGGCCGCCUCAUGGCAUAUCAGGGAGAGACUGCUGACUAUGUAGGUGGUCUGCAGUCCACACCAUUUACGUAUGAACCGCCUUUUCUCCCCGACGACGACGACGAGGAUUCCGACUCGCCGCCCACCUUUUUCGAACAACCUCCAGCUUCCCAGUUCCACGUGGCAGGACUAGAAGAGGUUCAGGUGUCUGAUUACCCUGUAUCUGAUAUUCCGAACGGUGGAUUACCGGAACAAGCACUUUUUGGUGGACAACAGAGAGUCUAUAACGGGUUUGGCGCUUAUGAACCUCCUAAAAUUGACUUUGAGGAUGACGACGAUGAGGAUUCAGACGUGGGGGAGGCGCCGGCCUCAAUUAGAUUUGAAAUGUCACCGCUAAACACUGAUGGCCGAGGAGCGCCUUCAGGGCAUGGCGGAGGAAAUCCUGGCCGCCGCUUUGAAAGAAGACAUAAUCUCGGUAUGAACUAUAAUCGGAGAAGAACUAAGACUGCUCUGUGGGGAGCUAUGGAGGGGUUGUCGGCAAGCAUAGCAGAACUUGGACCGGGCUCGUCCAAAGAAAGGUCGGUCAAGAUGUGGGUUGAAACACAGAAUCUGGAUAAGCUCCUCGAGAAGAUAUAUGCAUUCUAUAUUGGAAAGGGACUGUAUUCCAUUAUCCUGGCGAGAAUCACCAAUCUCUUCAUCCUGGCAUUCAUUGUCGCCUUCUCAACGUUUCUUUUCGGGUGUAUCGACUAUUCACUCAUUCGGAAGAAGCAGCUGUUGAGUGAAGUGAUUCGUCCCCACUGUCUCCGCAGCAUACACGGAGCCCCGGCCUUCAUUCUGAUCAUAUUCAGUAUCUGGUGGACUUGGCAAUUCCUACGGCUAUUAACGGAUAUACCGCAGCUUCUAAGGAUACAUCGCUUCUACUAUCAUGUGCUAGGAAUUACUGAUGCUGAGAUGCAAACGAUUGACUGGCGCGACAUAGUGAAUAAAAUCAUGCACAUUCCCGACAUACCGGGCCCAAUGCAAAACCGUGCCAUGACGAUGAAACUGGACGCGCACAAUAUUGCCAACCGCAUCCUUCGGAAGGACAACUACAUGAUUGCCCUGUUCAAUAAAGAUAUCCUAGACCUGACCGUGCCAUUACUCGGGCGGCGACAAAUGUUAACGAAAAUUAUCGAGUGGAAUCUGUCAUUCUGCAUUUUGUCCUUUGCAUUCAAUGAGGAAGGCAGAAUCAGGAAGAGAUUCAUUAAGGACACUAAUAGAUCCAAGUUGGUUAAUGAGUUGAAACAGCGUUUUGCCAUGAUGGGCCUCGUUAACCUCAUAUGCGCCCCCUUCCUCUUCUUCGUUUUCAUUAUGCAUUUCUUCUUCCGAUACGCACAGGAGUUUCAUAAGAACCCAUCCUCACUUGGAUCUCGUCAAUAUUCUCCUUUUGCAAGAUGGAAAUUCCGCGAAUUCAACGAGCUUCCGCACCUGUUUGAACGCCGGCUAAACCGAAGUUACCGCAUGGCUACGAAAUAUAUGAAUCAGUUCCCAAACCAGAAGAUUACCAUAUUGGCACGAUUCAUUGCGUUCAUUACUGGCGCCUUCUUGGCGGUCCUGAUUAUUAUGACUAUGAUCGAGGAGGAAUUGCUUCAUGGGUUUGAAAUCACACCAAAUCGCUCAGUGUUCUUCUACAUUGGGAUAUUUGGAACUGUCAUGGCCGUCAGCCGAGGCAUGGUUCCCGAUGAAAAUGAGGUUUUUGAACCUGCGAGAAUGCUGCGUCAGGUGGUGGCAGAGACUCAUUAUCUGCCUUCUGAAUGGAGAGGGAAGAUGCAUUUGGAUGAGGUUCGACAGCAGUUUGGCAUCCUCUUCGAGUACAAAAUCGUCCUCUUCCUUCAAGAGAUUAUGAGCGUUCUCUUUGCCCCUGUCAUUUUGUGGUACUCUCUCCCAUCAUGCGCUGAGCAAAUCGUGGAUUUCUUCCGGGAGUUUACUGUCCAUGUUGAUUCCCUUGGAUACGUUUGCUCUUUCGCCGUUUUUGAUUUCCAGAGGCAUGGAAACUUGAAGUACGGGGUCCCUACACAGAACCAGGACGAAUAUUACAUAUCCAAAGAGGGUAAAAUGGAGCAGUCCUUUGUGAACUUUAAGAUCAACAAUCCCGGCUGGGAGCCGAGAGUCGAUGGAUCGCAGUAUUUGAAUACAAUCCUAGCUCGAGGGAACGAGUUGUUACAGUCGCAGUAUAUGCCAGACCCUGGCAAUUCCUCCUCAUUGCUCUUGCAUUCCUUGUUGAGACCGAGGCGUAACGUAAAGUUCAAUGAGAUGAGCGGAGACGAUCGUCACCCUGCUUUGCAAGGCUCUCCGGAACGGACCGUCGGGACGUCGCAACACCUUCACCCUCUUCAUAAUGGUCAACCACAUCCAUUGUUUUAUGGAACCUCGUCCACUUUGGGAAUAGGUCAACGACAGCUGCAGCAACAGCCGCAGCUUGCCGAAUCUAUGCUACAGGGAUCUGAGAUUGGCGAUGGACGAGAUGUGGGCAGGACGCUCUUUGCCCUGCUGGAUGCGAUUUACGAGUCCAAUAAGACUCUAUAUUAGUUUGUAGAUGAUCGAUUACACCAUGUACAGUUAUUUGUAGCAAUAGUUCUUUUUUUCUGGUUAAAUGAAUGUAUAUCCAAAUUCGAACA